AUGCAGGAUGUAAACUUAUACAUAAAGCCUUGGAUGCUGUUGAAUAUUCGAUAUAGUGGUGACUGUUUGGACAAAAGAGAUAGGAUCAGAUUCACAACGGUGCCCAAUCAAGACAGUCCAUCGGGCAAGGAGAACCAACUUCACUCGCCUUCUCGGGAUGCGGGUGCAUUAUUUAAAUCAUCUGAUAUCAAAUCGGCAAGUUUAGAGGAUCUCUGGGAAAAUCUGAGUUUAAAGCCCACAAACUCCCCUCAUGUGAAUCUCUCUGCAACCCUGUCUCCAAAAGUGAUUAAUGAAGUAUGGCAAGAAGAAACAAUUGGGCGUCUACUUCAACUUGUGGACCUUUCCCUUCUUGACUCCUUGCUCAAACAGCGAGACAUUGUUCCUAAAGCUCUUCAACCCACGAGGCAGCCUGACUUGAUCUACAACAGUAGCUAUCUGGACCGAAGGAUUCUCAAGGCUUAUAGUGACGCUCAGGAAGAUGAGUGGCUCUCUGCAGCUACUGACUGCGUGGAGUACCUUCCCGACCAGAUGGUGGUGGACAUAAGCAGAAACUUUCCUGAGCAGCCACAUAGAACAGACAUCGUGAAAGGACUUUUGUUUGAUGCCAUUGGCAGCUAUUACAGUCACAGGGCGCCUCUGUUGAAUCACUUAUCCGAUGUCCAUAAUGGAAUUGCCGAACUCUUAGUGAAUGGGAACACUGAAAUAGCACUGGAAGCUACACAGCUCUUUCUGAAGCUUUUGGAUUCCCCAAACCGAGAAGAAUUUAGAAGACUGCUGUAUUUCAUGGCUGUGGCCGCACAUCCUUCCGAGUUCAAAUUACAGAAAGAAAGUGACAAUCGAAUGGUUGUAAAAAGGAUAUUCUCAAAAGCAAUUGUUGACAAUAAAAAUUUAUGCAAAGGCAAGACUGAUCUUCUAGUACUCUUUUUAAUGGAUCAUCAAAAAGAUGUUUUUAAGAUUCCUGGAACUCUACAUAAAAUUGUCAGUGUGAAGCUCAUGGCCUUACAAGAGGGGAGAGAUCCAAACAGUGAAGCAGGGUAUAUAUAUUGCCAGAGAAUGGAUCAAAUGGACUAUCCCAACAGUACACAGAAGACAACCAAAGAUGAGCUGCUGAAUUUAGUUAAAACUAUUGAUGAGGAUUCAAAACUAUCUGCCAAAGAGAAGAAAAAAUUACUAGGUCAGUUCUAUAAGAGCCACCCGAACAUUUUUAUUGAGUAUUUUGGAGCCUGAGUUUUAAAAUGUUUGUAUAUAACUUGUAUAUUUUAAGAAUAAAUUUUGUAUCA